CCAAUAGUUAGUUGUAAAAAACACCAGCAAGAACGGACGUCUCUAGGUUAUGGGCCCAGCCAAGCAGAAAGAAGUGGCGAUUCACGGAAUCCCAUAGUUUUCCGGAACAGGCUACGACACCUAUUCCUUUCCUUUAGCAAAGCAUAAGGAAAACUCCUUCAUAAAUAAUUAACACAAAACCCCAUUUCGACGGCUAUUCGUUGCGCCAAACUGUCAUUGGCAUUUGAAGUACGUUUUCCAUCGUGUCCUGUCAAUUCGCGAUACAAUGGUCCAGCCUGGUCACAUACUGACCUUGCUUCUUCGCAUCAGAAAUUGACAAAUAAAAAAGAAGUCAAGCAGCAAAAAACUCUGAAAAGCAAUAUGUCAAAGAAUAGGAUUUUGGUAAACAAUCAAAGAAAAUUUUAAUUUUCUUACUAUUUCCCGGCUUAAAUGGAAGUGAAAAUGCAGCACCGGACACGGGCACAUGCGUUCCAGAUACAGGUCAAAGCGCUGAUCAAAACGCUGAAAUGUCUACAGUCAGACGAUAAAUACCAGGCGCUGCUGUUUCUCAUCUCGGCCAUCAAGCUGUACGUCAAGUUCCUGUACAAUGAUUGCCAGGAGCGUCUCUACAAACCAGCAAUACUCAAAGAGUUGAACAAUAUCGAAAAUGUGAUUGUGGUGAACCUGCUGAAGACGCGCAGCGCGCCAGCGUCCGGCUCGUCCCUGUCGGUCGCCACCGGCCGCACGACCGUGUCCUCGUUUGGUGGCGACCUCGCGGGCAAGGUCUGUCUCGACAUCGACACCAGCACCAGCGUCCGCUGCACGGAUCUGUCGCUCGGUAGCGAUGGUUUGUUGUUGAUGCACCCGCAUCGCACCCGCGAACCUCCGCUAGCUCCCUGGGACCUUCGGGGGAAGCUACUGCGGGGCAACCUGUUCGACGGUCUGCCACUGACCGGCAGCGUGCGGCUAGGGCCAGAGUACAGCAGCAGAGGUGGAACGUUACUCAAGGCGGGACAGCGAGCGGGGGGCGCAAAUCGAUGGCUGGGGAACGUUCGGAUGAAUCGUGCGCUGGUUCGUAUGAUCGCCAAUCACGAUUUUAAGCUACUGUUCAACAUGUUCGAACAAAGCAUCUUUCCCGCGUGGAAAAUCUACAAAAACGAGCAAAUAUUUGUACGGAAACGGCCCGCCCUAACCACGGUCACGGUGCGCACUUCCCUUCCCGCCAUUUGCUACGGAAGCGGUUCGUCGCACUCGCCACCUGCCACGUACAUCAAGAAGGAGGAGUUCGACUUCGACACGCCGUACUCCAUCGCAGACGAUCACUGCUUCGAGGAGAUCAAGGACGAGGACGACGAGGACCUUCUGCUGAUGAAGGAAGACGACUCGAUAGACAAUUCGAACGAAAUCUUCUCGGAGGAGGAAUCGUCCACCAACAACACCUCCCUGAUGCUGUCGUCCGACACCAACACGCUGGACACGAACGAUUCCAGCAUGGUUUCGCACGAGCGCAACAAGGAACAGGUGUACCAGUGCUUACUUUGUGAUAAAAGCUAUAGGAAACGCAAAUCUCUUGUCAUCCACUUCAGCCACCAUCCGGGAUUUUGUCCCGAUUGUGGCAAACAGCGAGGAGUAACCUCAGAGGAAAUCGUUGAACACAAUCGAAUCUAUCACAAAAACCGGCCUCACAUAUGUGAGCACUGCGGGGAAACCUUCACGCGAAAUCAACAGUAUCAGAUACACGUCCAGGGUCAUUUUAUAAGCAAGGAUAGGGUAGCGGAGCAAAACUGUAAAAAAACUCACAAGUACAGCUGUAAAACAUGCGGUAUCGUUUUUAACAAUCAAAAAUAUCUCGAAAAGCACAUCCAGAAAACCAACCACCAGGCGGAAGGUUUGGUGUGCGACAUUUGUGGUGCAAUAUUUUGUAACAGUAUCAAGCUCAGCCAGCACGUCAGCCGCACUCAUCACAACGUGUUUACUCAGAAAGCUACCUUAGAGAGAAGUUUGCUGCUGCAGGGAACGAGUGUUACGGACAAAGCCUUCACCUGUGAGCAGUGCGGAGCCUCCUUUCUGUCGCAGCCCUCCCUACAUGAGCACAUCAAACUAUCACAUUCCGUUCCGGAAAACAAAUUCGAGUGCAAUAUCUGCAACAAGCUGUUCGCCGCCAAACGGUCUCUCAAACGCCAUAAACUUUGCCAUUCGGAUGAGCGCGCCUUCCGCUGUACGGUGGAAAACUGCAAGGAAUCGUACAAAAACCAAUCGCACCUUGCCCGCCACAUGAAGACCGCCCAUCACAUCGAUCCGCCGUCGAAGCGACUGCAGAAAGCGAAAGCGGCUGCGGCGGCGGCGGCGGCCGCUGCUGGGGCGGGCACAAGCACGGCCACUGCCUCAUCGGCCGAUCCCAGCUCGGCCAGCACGGACUUCAUCACGCACGGUGACGUUGCGACGAUGGGUGGAGGCUCGUGCGAUUCGCUGAAGGGUAUUGGCAGCAGCACGUUGAAAAAAUCGCUUGGAAGCAGCGAAAAGUCGCUCGGCGAUAGUAGCACCAACUUUAGCGACAAUUUGUCGUCGUUUAAUUACGAGUUUUCCGACACGACCGCAGGAACGUCGACACCGGCGCUGGCAGCAGCGAUGGGUUCGGCGGGCAGUGACGGUAGCGUGCCGGGCGCGCUUACCGCUAGCAGUAGCGCCCUGGCGGGUCAGCGCCCAUCCGCCCUAACCUGCUCCGUUACGGGCAUGCAGCAAAGCAGCGGUACGUUCAACGACCCUGCCAUCAGCUUUGGUACGAACAAACAGCAGCAGUCGCUGCAGCUGCAACAGCAGCAGCAGCAACAACAGCAGCAACAACAGCAGCAACAACAACAGCAGCAACAGCAGCAGCAACAACAGCAACAACAGCAACAACAACAGCAGCAACAGCAGCAGCAACAACAGCAACAGCAACAACAGCUACAGCUACAACAGCAACAGCUACAACAUCAACAACAACCACAACACCUCGGGGGUGGGUGGCAGAAUCUCGAGUUUGGUGCAGGGACAGCGACGGCGCACCGAUCGGCAGCACUUCCCGGUAGUGUCGUUGGUGGUAUGCAAUCGUUACAGGAUCCACUGGCGGCCACGACGGGUAGCUUUAUGGACGGUGGACACCAUCACCUGCAGAAUCAUCAGAACCUUCAACACCCCACAGCACACCAUCAUGGGAUUGGACCAAUGGCAAAUCCGAUGGCCAGCACAGCGGGCAGCUUUAUGGGCAGUGGCAGCUUAACAGGCGGCACGAGGCGUUUCCCUCUGCCGGAGGGUAACUUUAUGUGUGAGCACUGCGAUGAAACCAACUUCAUAAAUGCACAACAGUACCAUCUUCAUGUGCAGGACCAUUUUGCGGCCAAGGAUGGUAAAGAUCACCCGAACAAAAAGCUGCUGCGGUUAAAUUGUAAAACAUGCAAUCUGGUGUUCGCUACGGGAGCGCAGCUCGAUCGGCACAUUCACAAAACAAACCAUCACACCGAAAGCAUAGCGUGUGAAAUAUGUAGUGCAAUAUUCAACUCCAACCUAAAAGUUUACCAGCACAUGCUGAAGUGUCACAAAAAUGACGUUUGGUUUGCUUGUGAACAGUGCUCGAAGGUUUUCAUAUUGAAACAGGACUACGACAAGCAUCAGCUGGUGCACCAGACGGUGACGGAUCGGUCCAUCAUCUGUGAGCACUGCGCCUCGUCCUUCCUCACGCAGGAAGCACUAAAGGAACAUAUCAAAAUAGCCCAUUCGAUGGACAAAAAAUACAAAUGUAACAUUUGCAACAAGCUCUUUGCUGCCCGUCGAUCGCUCAAACGCCAUAAACUGUGCCACGAAGAGGAGGCCGCUUUCCGAUGCCCGAUCGACGGUUGCAAGGAAGCAUUCCGGACGGCGGCAAACCUGGCGAAGCACAAAAAGAUGGCACACCCGGCCGGGCUGUCGACUGUUCCCGUACCUGUAGGCAAUGUGUUGGCCCACGAGCCAAUGGCGGAUAAGGUCGGUGCCGGUGUCGGUAUGCCAGGCGUAGUCAAGCUGCUGCCGGGCACAAUGGCGUCAGGAACGUCCAAUGCUCCGGGUAGCUCCGGUGCGCUGAAAGGCAUGGAGAAAGCAAUGCACCAUCCGGAUCCACUGCCGGGUGUGACAAUGCCGGCGGGAGGGCAGUCGAAUGUGAUGGGCCAGAUGGGCGGCUCGAACCCGAUGAUGGCGAUGGGAAAUCCUGCAGCUGGGCUGAAAACAGACGGUCGAUCAUCCGCUGGCGGUAUGAUGGUGGUGCCUCCGUCGAGAACGAGCAGCGCUGGCAGCAGCACAGGAAUGAGUGGUAUUAACAAUGGUAGCGUUGGUGCUAAUAUACCUUACAAUCCUUACGAUGCUAGUGGAAUGAACUACAACAGUGUGCUGGGACCGCCUGGUGCGGGUGUCGUCGCUUCCAGCGGCCCUCAUCAUCCUCAUCAUCAUCAUCAUCAGCAUCAUCUCCAACAACAGCAACAGCAACAGCAACCGCAGCAACAGCCCACACAGCAACAACCACAAGCUCAGCUAGUGCAACAUCAUUCACAAGCCCAUGCUCACCACCAUGCCGCUCAAGCUCAGUUUAUCGGAAUGGGCAAUCCGGGCAGUUCUGCGGGGCUUCACUACAGUGGCCGCUCCGGCGGCACGGCAUCGGCAGCCACUCCCGAACAACAAUCUGUGUCUAUGGCAUACCGAAUGGGAGACACAGCGGUGCCAGGAACCAGCGGAACGGCAAGCGGCAGCUCAACCAACAUUCCCUACGGCUAUGGACAGAUGAAUAAUGCGUUCGAUUGGCAAAGCAUGGAGAUGGGAACUCCGACCAAUGCUGAACCAGGCCUAAUAAGUGGGUCGGCAGGACAACCGCAGGCGGCCUCUGGUAGCGGGACGAUGAAAAGUGCUACCGCCAACAAAUACUACAACGCAAUGCACGAGCCUAGUUCGGCCGGAAGUCCAGGAGUGGGUGGCAACACAACGGCUGGCUUCCUUUCACCCCAAAAACUGCAGCACCAAUCUCCCCAUCAUGCACAGCAGCAUCUACAACAUCAGCAUGCACAACAGUCACAGCUUCAACAGCAACAGCAGCAGCAACAUCUUCCUCAUCAUUCUCAUCACGCGCAAGUUGCUGGGCUGCAAAAUAAAUCUGUGCAAGAACAACACACCCAUCAGCAGCAGCAGCAGCAGCAACAACAACAACAGCACAUGAUGAAUAUGAACAGCCAAGAAAUGAUGGGAUAUCAGGACAUGUGGAAUGCGAACAUGAUGAAGAUGGAAUUCCAAGACGAAGGAAGCGGUACAAAUACGGGCAGCACUGUUGGUGCUUACAACAGUCUAGGGAACAUUUUAAACAAUUUAGAAAUGAUGGGCAGUAGCAACAGUAACUUCGAACAACAGCAGACGCAGCAACAGCAGUCGCAACAACAGCAGCAGCAGCAAGGCUAUGAAAUGGUUUCCACACCACGUACCAGUUCCGAUACUCAUCCACAAUCGAGAGGACAGUCUGCUCAAUCGCCUGCGUUAACGUCACAGCAAGUACAACAUCAUCAGCACCAUCAACAACAGCAGCAGCAGCAGCAUCAACAACAGCUACAUCAGCAACAGCAGCAGCCGCAUGCGAAAGGAACCCAUUUUCACAAACAACAACAUCCAUCGCACAGUCACGCGCAGAUGCUGCCGGGCGUAGAGCCAGGCCAAAUGGUGAACCAGCACCAUCAUCAGCAACACCAGCAGCAACAGCAGCAGCAGCAAUAUUUUCCAGAUCAUCACGGGGCACAUCAGCAGGUACCACAUUCUCAUCAUACUGGUACGAUGGGCCAUUCGAUGGGAAUCCCUCAUGGCCAUGGCCAGAUGCAGCAUAGCCAUGGACAUUCGGCACAGCAAACUCCCAGUCCGCAUCAUCCUCAUCAUCAGCACCACUUGCAGCAGCAGCAGCAGCAAAUGCAACAACAGUACAACGCCCAUCUACCACAUCAUCCCCAGAUGAUGCAACAUCAUCCGCACGCACCCGGACCACCCGGGCAAGUGCCCAGUGGAAGCGGUGGUGGUGGUGGCAGUUUGUCUGGCGGUGGUCCCACUCAUAUGGCACAUCACAAUCCAGCACAUGCUGGCGUACCCGGCCAGCAGCAGCAGCAGCAACAACAACAACCUCCCCAACAGCCCGGUAUGAGUUUUAAUCCCUCCCAGAACGCAUCCGAUCAUGCCAAUGCUGGUGCAAAUCCUUCCGCAUUGCCCACGGAUAUCGCGAAAAUGCCGAACAAUCUACCCUUUGUCGACAGUUUCACGGAAUCGAUCGACUAUCUGCAACAGUCCUUUCAGUACGUGUAAUAGCGAACGUAGCUUUUCCUUCUCUUCCUAAUCGUCGUGUCCGCCUACCUAUACACAUUACAGUGCUAAGCCGACCUUUAGCACGUUCGUACGUUUGCUCAUUUAGUCAAAUUGUAAACUGCAAACAUUCCCAUUUUAUAUUGCACCCAAAACGUUCCGGUGUGUUGUACCUUGUUAACUAUAACGAUAAUGCUUUAGAGGUCGACCGUUCGUCGCGUCAUCAUCUAAUGAAUGAUCGUGACGGUCGUCCAAGUUUGGUAUCGUUACAUUACAUUAAGUGUGUACCGUACAGAGGAGGCUACCAUCGAACUUUAUUCAUUCUUUUCGCUCGAUUAAUGCUCGCUCAACGACGUACAAUUCCGUCGGUCGGCACAUUUAAGUGCUGUCAACAGAAACUAUAUUAAAUUUGGCAUGUACCGAUAACGACGAAAGGCGACAAUUUGGACAAAAAGAACAAAGUGCUGGGAAAUGUGGUAAACAAACAUUAAUCUAAAACUGCGAACUAAAUUACAAACUUUAGCUUAAUUUUAGCACCUACUGCACUACUAGUGAUGUGUUCUUUUUAAUCAGGAACAGAAUUAGUUUUUUUUUUGUUAUGAAACGGUUUUCCGAUUAACACACCUUAUUUUAGAUUUUAUUUAAAUCUCGAUGCUUUGAGUAAAAAAACGGAUCAACUCUAUCAGAUGCAAAACUGGCUCCCUUGACAUAAAAACACACACACUCACUCGGUGAACGUGUAGAACACGUUUGGUUUAGCCAUUAGAGCAAGCGCUUAGGAAAGGAUGGGAGAAAUAAUCGUGACAACCGAAAGGGCUUCUAGCCAGCUUUAUACGCAAUACUGCGCGUAUCGCACGCUGUACAUGUGAAAAUAGACGCAUUGUUUUAAGUAGUUGUAAGUUUGGGGUUAUCAAAUCAAAAACAAUGGCCGGCAAAAAAUACUACUAACUCUCCGGCCGCACUCUGUAACGUAAGCAGGAAGGAAGGAAGGAAAGCAUGAACAAUAUGAUUGCGAAUAACUGACAAAUGUAGGUGCGCGUAGACUCUUACUAAAAGAGCUGUAAAGUGCGUAAAAUUUAAAUCUAAAAAAAAGAAAAGACCGAGCUGUAUCAGGGUUAGGGUGCAAAUUAGCUAAGCUGAUCGUAUAAACACACUUCACAUUUAUUAGUCCAGGAUUAGUUGUUGUUUAAGGUAUUUUGUUUUACGAAGGGAUUUUUGCACUCAAAUGCAGAACCAUUAGUAUAUUUUUGUUUUAUUUUAUCUAUUGUUUUUUUUUUUGUAUGUGGCACAGGCCACCAUUUUAAGUCGUAGAGAUGCUUAUGCAACUCACAAUUGUAAAUAGUCUUUCGUAUGUUUUGCGUAGCUUUUAUCUAGCUCGGUUCUUCAAGCGGAAGUGAAUUGCAUUCUGCUUUUGUUUCGACUUGAACUUGACUGUUUUUUUAACCUGAAACUCUUUUGUGUGUAAAAUAUGUUUCGUUCGUUUCGUUUCUUCCCCAUAUUUGGAAAAAACGCAAUACACGAGCUAAAGCGACAACCACAAUAAGCAAACAGUUUAGCAGAGAUACACGGUAGCGUUUAAAUGUAUAAGCAUGUAAAUUGUACAUCCUGUAAAGCAACGAUGUAGCGACACAACAACAACAACAACCAUACCUUCUGUAGCGUAUCCGUAAAAUAUUGACCAACAAACACUAGAAAGAUUGUGUUUUGUUUGUCCUUCCAGCACACGGUAUGAUGAUCUCCGCAAAACCCUGCAUUUGCGUUAGUUAGGUGCAGUUUGCUUACACGCGCUGCUGAUACUCCUGCUGAACGACAAUGUGCAGGAUGUAAUGAUAGUUCUCAUUGUUUAGGGUAUGCUCUAUCACAACACAGACCACAAAAAAGGAGAAGCAAACAUAAUUAAAGCUCUAAAAGCUGUCGGGAAACUGGCACGAGUACAGCAGAAAAACCCCGAAAUUAUCAAAUGAAGCAAAAGUAGAACACACAUAUUGUGUACUAAACGAAGCGAAAAAGAAGAUUAUAAAUUCAACAUUGAAUUGUUAGCUUCACAAGUACUGCAAACCAAAAAGACAAAGCAGCUAUACACACAAGAGUAAGGAUUGAAAUGAAGUAAAAAAACACCACACAACUUGUAAAUUACAGCAGAUAAAAGAAAAGUGGAGAGUUUGUUU